AUGUCUCCUGGGGUUAGAGACGGGGCUUUCCGUCCGACUGGAGCCUUUCAGCCGUUUUCGAGAGCUCUAGCCGGAGUUGUGUGUGGGUGGGGGUUGGUGUGGGCCUCCCGGGUGCUCCGAGUUGUUCCUCGGCUCGUUGGGGAGUGGAUAGGUUGCGUCCCGAUCUUUGGCCUGUCUUGGAGGUGUCGUCGUCGGCUCUCCUCUUGUGUGGUGUUGUGUUGGGGCAGUGGCCGGCUGUUGAGAGGGCUUGAUACUCUUCCCAGCAACAUUAAACAAAUGGGCAAGUUCAGUUGCACGAAAGCUGAAGGAAAAGAAAAAACUUGA